CACGGCGGCAUGGAAAGUCCAAGCAGGACUAGCGCAACGCUGCCACGCUCGCUCAGCUGACUUUGCCAGCUAGCAAGAAAAGUCAAAGAAGACGCCGGGAAGACGUGCUGACAUCAGCAAGGAAAAAAAAAAAAAAAAGCCGCAAAGCAACACGACCUUGCGGCUGCCUGAGUCUGUGUGUGUCUGUGUGUGUGUCUGCGUGCUCGCCAGCGACAACAUGUUGAUGAAAGAAUACCGAAUAUGCAUGCCACUCACCGUGGACGAGUACCGGAUCGGGCAGCUGUACAUGAUCAGCAAGCACAGCUGCGAGCAGAGCGGCGGGGGGGAAGGGGUGGUGGUGGUGAAGAACCAGUCGGACGUUCACCCCCAACACGGACCGGGACAGAUGACGGAGAAGCGAAUCUUCCUCAGCAGCAAACUUCCAGCCUGGGCCAAGACCUUUGCCCCGCGCUUCUUCUACUUGACAGAAAAGGCCUGGAAUUUCUACCCGUACACCAUCACAGAGUACUCAGCGUCCUUUCUUCCCAAGUUCAGCAUCCGUAUCGAGACACGUUUCGAGAACAACAACGGCAGCAAUGACAAUGUAUUCGGGGACACGCCGACACCCGCAGAGAAUGUGGCUUUCCUGGAUAUCCUGCGUGACCCCAUCCCUGAAAAGCACUACAAAGAGUCAGAGGACCUCUCUCGCUGGCAGUCCAGCAAAACCGAGCGGGGGCCCUUGGAGGAGGGCUGGAGGGACGACCACCAGCCCAUCAUGUGCUCCUACAAGAGGGUGCAGUGCAGCUUCGAGGUGUACGGCCUCCAGACCAAGGUGGAGGACUUCAUACACAAAAACAUCCGGGACAUCCUGCUGGUGGGUCACAGGCAAGCGGUGGCGUGGCUGGACGAAUGGCACGGACUAAGUUUGGAGGAGGUGAGAGAUUACGAGCGUGAGAUGCAAGAUAAAACCAACAGCAAAGUCAAACAACACGGAGGGGCUCCCACCCCCCGCGCCCCCGUCUUCUCUCGCUCCGUGUCGGUGACGGAUGAGCAUUCCCUCAAGAAGAUGACGGCGGCGGCGGCGGCGGCGGCGGCGUCAGCCCCCUCUGCGAGCUCCGCCAUGCAGAAGGGUCCCGUUCGUCUUAACUCCAACCCUGAAUGAUGACACACACACACACACACACACACACACACACACACACACACACAUCAUGCAUGGUCCCUGACAAAUUAAGGACAAUGUCAAAAAAUAUGGGAAUCCUCACUUUCAUCUUCUCAUUCCUUCUUUCGUCUUCUUUGGCACAACUGAGCAAACAACAACAAUGUAAGUACCUUCACAUCCAUACAUCUUAAGUGUCCAUAGUGUGGCCUGGGGGCCAUUGGCAGCCCACCGAUGCCUGCAGCACAUUCAAAUCAAAUCAAAUCAACUUUAUUUGUAGAGCACUUUUCCUGCAAGGAGAUGCGACACAAAGUGCUUUCCAGAAUUAAAACAAUUACCACAAUUAAAAAGGAAAACAAUGAAGAAAAAAAGAAAGCCCCUCCUUCCCACCCUCCAUACCAGACCCACACACACACACACACACCCAUCCACCCACAGUAGGGAGACAUGGCAUGGUACCGAGGAACAAGGAAACACCACCUUUGGGGCCGUCCACACUGGGAGAAGCUGCAGGCCGUGCCAUCGGAGGACCAGCACCCGGGCCCUCCGACUCCGUUAGACGGGCGCACCCCCACAUUAAAGGGAGGAACCCCCCAGCCGGCCGUGUCGAAGGGACCCAAGGAUGGCACCCCCUCAGCAUACCCAAACAGCCCCCAGUGUGGAGGACCCCCCUGAGGAAACACUGGAGUUGGAGCUAAAGACUAAGACCAUAAAAUAGGACUAAAAGAUAAAACAUAACACUGGAGUUAAAAACUGAAGAUUAAGAGCAUAAAAUAGGACUAACAAGAUAAAAACAAAACACUGGAGUUAAAAGGUGAAGAAUAAGAACAUAAAAUAGGACUAAAAGGAUGAAAACAUAAUAAAAGCUUAACAUUCUUCAACUAAAAACGGAAAAAUAGUCAAGUCAAGUUUAUUGAUAUUGAUAUAGCCCUUAAUCACAAAAGAGCCACAAAGGGCCGAAUGACGGUAUUUUAGUAGCAUUAAGUCGCAUAAACUAGAACAAAGUUGUUGUAGAAAUAAUAGUUGCAAUAAUGGGGAAAAACACCUGGAAUUUUCCAAGAAUAAAAAUGGAAAUAUUCCGAGAAAAUAGUUCCACACUUCACGAUUUCACAAUGAAAUAAUAGUCGAGAAAUAUCAUUUUGUAGCAUAGAAUUGAAAUAAUUAAAGAAAAAAGUAUGUUAUUUUUAAAAGGCAUAAUAAGAAAUAAACCAAACAAAAAAGUCAUAAUAGUUAUAGAAUAAAAUUUAAAUUAAAAAAUAAAUUAAUUUCAAUUAAAAAAUAACUGCAGAAAGGGGGGAAAAAACAGCUAGAAUUUUAUAAAAAUAAAGUAAAAAUAUUAUGAGAAAAUAGUCAUAAUUAAGCUACACUCACAAAAUACAUUGUACACCGGUGCCUUGGUUAACAUCAUGAAUCCGUUCCAGAAGGUCCAGCUCAAACCAAAACGGACUCUAACCAAAGCAAACUUUCCCAUAGAAAAUCAUUGAAAUCCAAGUCACCCCUUGCAAACAAGCAAGAAUGUCAACACAAAACACAUUUUAUAAACAAUCAUAGACUUACAUGCAUAAAAUGACAGAACAAGUGAACAUUUAACUUCACUUUUACCAAAACCAUCAACUAUAAUUUGAAAAAAAUGAUCGCACCCAAACGUAACGUAACGUUUUUGUGCUCAUCAAUACCAAUUAGGAAGAAAAAUGUGUGUGUGUGACAAAAAUGCUCUGUAAUAAUAUGUCUUAAUAGCAUAAUAAUAGCAUAAUAUUAGCAAAUAAUAGCAUAAUACAGCAGUUGUUGCUGACCAUCUUACCCAAGUGUGACACAGCCAAAGCAUGACCUUGGUGGAGGUAAAAAGGCACUGCACUGCAAUGUCAGACCACCUGCAUGGCUCCAGCACGACGUGAAAGCCCCCAUCCUGCACCCCAUAUACCCCCACCACCCACCCCCACCCCCGCUCCAUGCAUGCUGUGUUUAAUAGAGUGGAUCUAAUGAGGAAGGCUGUCAAUGCUAUGGAUCAGCCAAUAGGUCACGGCCUAGGUGUAUCGGCAUACGCCACUGAAGCGUGCUAUUGGCUCUUUUGAGAGUCGCAAAUGGGUCAGUCCGGGGCUAAACUUAAAUUAUGAGUCAAUUAAUGUAGCCGUUGACGAGGUGAUCAGCUUCGUUUUAUGACAAGACCGAGGCUUCUGUCGUCAUUUGUGCAUAUAAACACAAACAUGUAGCAUGACUUUUUCAUGAAUCUCAAUAGGACAAAUGUAUCAGGAAAUGACAUGGUGUGCUUCUUCCAAUAAAUGCAAUUUCUAUCCAAUGAUUGGCUGCUGCUGUGAAAUGCGCAUAGAUAGGUGCGAAAAUGGAGUCCCGGUGCACGUCGGUGCACGUUAUCCACCGUGUUUGAUCAGCGCUGACCCGCAUGGACGGAGCGCAUGGCGGCCCGUUACUGAUUUCACACCGCCGUCCCGGCCCUUAGAAGUAAAAAAAAAAAAAAAAAAAAAAAAACAUGCUAGGUUAAUUAGCGACUCCAAAUUUUCCAUAGGUAUGAAUGUGAGUGUGAAUGGUUGUUUGUCUAUAUGUGCCCUGUGAUUGGCUGGCCACCAGUUCAGGGUGUACCCCGCCUCUCGCCCCAAGACAGCUGGGAUAGGCUCCAGCACCCCGCGCGACCCUCGUGAGGAAAAGCGGUAGAAAAUGAAUGAAUGAAUGAAAAAAAAAAAUAAAUGCAUAUAUUUAAAAAAAUAAAAAAAAAUUUAAAAAUCUAUAAAAAAAAUAUAAAAUUAUUUAGGUGGGCUGGAGAACAUUUUAGGGGGCUGAAGCCCCCCUAAAAUAGGCCACUGGCCCUAAGGAGUAAAAAAAAAAAAAAAACAUGCUAGUUUAAUUAGCGACUCCAAAUUGUCCAUAGGUAUGAAUGUGAGUGUGAAUGGUUGUUUGUCUAUAUGUGUCAUGUGAUUGGCUGGCCACCAGUCCAGGGUGUACCCCGCCUCUCGCCCCAAGACAGCUGGGAUAGGCUCCAGCACCCCGCGCGACCCUCGUGAGGAUAAGCGGUAGAAAAUGAAUGAAUGAUUAUUAGUACUACUACUAGUAGUAGUAGGCUAGUAUUAACCUGCUUAUUGGUUUACUUAUUAGCCUGCUUUUGCCCUAUUAUACAAAAUCUGUCAGAGAUUUUUUUUGUAAAAAAAUAAAUAAAUAAAUGCAUACAUUUAAAAAAAUUUAAAAAAAUCAAUAAAAAAAAUAUAAAAUUAUUUAGGUGGGCUGGAGAACAUUUUAGGGGGCUGAAGCCCCUAGGUGAGAAAAUGGACUCCCGGUGCACGUUGGUGCACGUUAUCCAGCGUGUUUGAUCAGCGCUGACCCGCAUGGACGGAGCGCAUGGCGGCCCGUUACUGAUUUCACACCGCCGUCCCGCGUGGAACCAGGCGCUCAUGUGUGACCGCAUGGGUUCCUCGCUGACGACCGACAUUUCACACGUGCGAGCUUCUCGGGAAUGUGUGCAUGUGUGCGUAUACCGUAUUGUGUGUACCACGAACAUUGUGUGUGAAUACACCAACAUUACCUCUGUCGUCGCCAUUCAAUUUUCCAUCUCCUUGUGAUCUCCUUCUCCAUCUCAUCCUCUCUUUCUCUCCCUCUAGAGGAGCGCUAAGGAAGAUGUACCGUCUUCAUUAUAUGGAAAUGUUCCCCACGGAACGUUGUCGUAGAUCCUGACCCCGCAUCUCUGAAUCAUCCCGGCUGUUCCCACACCGGCCGGCCCUUGCAUCCCACAAACAGUAUCUACACCAAAGAUGGAAGGUCCCUCAUGGCGGCGUGUAGUCAGGUUCUUCUGGCCGUACGGUAUCGUAGCAUAUCGUAUUUUUAGUGGCACGUUCCAGCUAUUAGAGUUAUUAUGACCGUGAUACCCUUUUAGCGCCAUGCUAUACAGCAUCUGUGACGUAAGAUGUGGGCAAACUUUUUGACUCGCGGGCCGCAUUGAUAUAACAAAAUUUACGGGGGGGGGGGGGUUCUCCGGUUUCCUCCCACAUUCCAAAAACAUGCUAGGUUAAUUAGCGAC